UUGUGUUUUGUUUUUGUGGACCGUCCCUAGAGCGUUUUGGAGCCAGGCGGUAUCUAUCAAUGAAAUAAAUAAAUAACAGAUAAGUAAAUGAUGAUAAUAAACCCUGGGGCGCGGAAGGUAAAGGGGCGACUCCUAAUUGACCCACAGGCUUAUAGAUUCUGCUCGCUCUCUCCGUGCCCCGUGGCGUGUUAUAUUCAGGAUGCUGCAUCAUCUAUUGCUGGUGUCGCCUGGAAACCGGAAGCGAGGGUUGCGGGUUGCACAACGCAGAGACUGCAGCAGUGCCUGCCUUGGGGAGAGGAAGGCGGGUAGCGCAUGCGCAGAGGCCGCCAUCCCUGCGCGCGGCAUGCUGGGAGUGGUAGUCUUUCCUCCUGGGGCGAGGAGGAAGCGAACUCGAAGCGCCGCCUCGGACUCUGGGCCACCUCACCGCUGGCUGGGAAGCCGGCCAUGGAAAGGGAUGGCGGGCAGACGCUCUGCCUCUUCGACGUGGACGGCACCCUGACCGCACCUCGCCAGAAAAUCGCUCCAGAGAUGGCCGAUUUUCUGCAGGUGUUGCGGAAGAAGGUGAAAGUAGGCGUGGUCGGGGGCUCAGACUUUGAAAAGAUUCAGGAGCAGCUUGGAGACGAUGUGGUUGAAAAAUUUGACUACGUCUUCCCAGAAAAUGGUCUCGUGGCAUACAAAAAUGGAAAACUAGUGGGUAAACAGAGCAUCCAAGGCCAGCUGGGUGAGGAUUUGCUCCAGGAAUUGAUUGACUAUUGCCUGAGCUACAUUGCAAAAAUCAAGCUGCCACGGAAGCGGGGCACUUUUAUUGAAUUCCGGAACGGGAUGCUGAACGUCUCCCCCGUCGGCAGAAGCUGCAGCCAGCAAGAGCGGCUCGAGUUCUUCGAGCUUGAUAAGAAGGAACGCAUAAGAGAGAGAUUUGUGGCUGACCUGCAAAGAGACUUCUCAGGGAAAGGCCUCACGUUUUCCAUAGGGGGUCAGAUAAGUUUUGACGUCUUCCCCAAUGGAUGGGAUAAGCGGUACUGCUUAGGAAUCGUUGAAAAGGACGGCUUCAAGACCAUCUAUUUCUUUGGGGACAAGACUAUGCCGGGUGGGAACGACUAUGAGAUCUACACGGACCCCAGAACCAUCGGCCACAGCGUCACAUCACCUGAGCAGACCCAACAGAUAUGUGAAACCUUAUUCUUCAGCUAGGUGGUGGGUUAUCUGGGGUGGAAACAGCCAGGCCAGUUCUAGUUAAUGUUUUGCAACUUCAUCUUGGUUUUGGGGACGAUUCUGGAGAUUCACACGUUUUGUCUGCAUGGAAGCAAUGGGCAGACUCAAAGCUUGACUUGGAGAGGCCAAUACACAGAAGAGAUUUAUCCUGCCAACACCGCCCCUCCAAAAACCAUCAGAAACCUCAUGCUGGACCUGGCCUUCAAAGACACACCAUUAAGGCAGGGCUUCUCAAACUUGGACCGCUGUGGCGGGCGGUGAUGGGAGUUGUAGUCCACCGCAUCUGGAGACUCCUUUUUGAGAACCUCUGUCUUGGGGAUGCUCUCUCAUUCCCCCCCCCACUCCACUGUCCCUUCAGAGAGUGCAGGGGCUGUGAGCACCCCUUCCCAAUAACUGGUGUGGCCACACACUUUGCGUUUGCAUGAAAGGUCUCGCGUGCAGCUCUUCUGCGUAUAGGGGACGUCCAGGCAGGUGGGGACCCUGGUGGUCUGGGGUUCGUGAUUGCAUGGGGAAACCCGAUAUGUGUAGACCUGUGGCCCUUUCAUGCCAAUGCAGAGUUGGCCAGUUGGCACGGCAGGUGUGGCUUGUGGAGAGGGGUCGAGCACAACUCUCUCUCUCUCUCGUUCCUUCCUCAAGGGACGCAGACUGAGCAAACAGCCCACUUGCGUUCUGAUCAGGUUUCACGCGGCAAGGACCAUACUCACCCCAUUCAGCCGUUUGAAAAUGCCCAUGCUUCCAUUUUUUUACAAAAUGCCGCUCUGCAGAGUUUAUAAACCGGCCGGCCGGCCCCGACCCGCCAGCCACCUCUCGGGCCCCGUUGCUCAUGCUUAGAGCGGGGUUUGUCUGCAUAGGGAAGCAUCCCUAUUGGUGGAUGCUUCAGGCAUCGCGAGACCGGAUCGUACCAGCCUCGCCGUCCCGGAUCCGAUGCUUCCCUCGUCAGAGAAGCCCUACUCUGAGCGUGAGUGGCAGCAGGGAGUGCUGGUGACGGACGGGUUCGGGCAGGACUUCUGACCCAUUUCUGCUGCUGUAACUGUGUACAGCGGCACUUUUUAAAAUGUCUGAAUGAGGCUGCUAGCUGGCUAGUUCCCAAGAUCUUGGGGGCAUCAUCUGCGUCUCUCAGUUCCUGCUGUCGUCAAGACUGCCGUUUUGGAUGAACACUUGAAAUGAUGUUUUGCUGCUGGCAAAGCCGGUAUCCCCAACGGCCCUCUUUUCUCUCAAUGUUUAGGAUUGCCGCCGUGUUAAGCUUCCUCAUCCUGCAUAAACAAACUUGUAAUGCUGCUUAUUGGUGUCACUAAACAUUCAGUCUACCUUCUGUUUCUCCCGUCCUGCCUUGCCUCUGCGUUAAUGAGGGCCGCACGGCCUGCCGACCAGCCAUUCAUCAGGUAGAGUUCACACAACUCUACCUGACGAAUGGCCAGCCUGCAGGCCGUGCGGCUCUCAUUAAUGCAGAGGCAAGGCAGGAUGGGGAGAGAGAGGUGGAUAGUAACCAGAGUGGCUGUAUCUUGUAUGCCCCCCGCCCCCCAGGUUGUUAGGACGAGCCGCUACUGACAUCAGGAGCGUAAAGCCCUCUCACGUGGGCUGGGUUUCUGCAUACAGGGGAACAUUCCAAAAUAUGCACUCUAAAGUGGUAUAGGCCAGAGUUCAAUAACCUUUCCCCAGAGAGGCUCCAAUAUGGGGCGGUAGGGGAGAAUUCCUUUUGAAAUGGGGCGGGGGGAUCCUGGAUCCCACCUUGCGUUCAUGCCCCGGUUUGCUUUGCAUGCGUGUCUAGCUGCUGUUGGCACUCGCUGUCUGAACGCGACAGUCUUGCUGCGGCCUUCUUUCUGGUUGCGUUUUAAAAAAUGGAUGUUCCCCGCUCUAAAUCGGGUCUACUUGAAAGCUCUUUGGCGUCCAGCCAAAGGACGAGUCCGGCCGUCCACAAUGUCGAGAGUCUUCUAAGGGAAUACCGUGUUUCCCCGAAAAUAAGACAGCGUCUUAUAUUAAUUUUAGCCCCCCAUAAUGCACUAGGGCAAUUAGCGGUACAUCAGAAAUUACUGCUAGGUCUUACUUUCAGGGAAACAGGGUAUGUGGAAAUGAGUUCAAAAUUGAGUUUCCUAGCUGGUGUGAGCAUAUGAUCCUACAGCAAAGGAGGGCUGGGUCUUAUCGGUACCCAGGUGGGAGAUCAGUGGGAAACCGCUCCUCGGUUUUCUCAAACAGAGGGUCCUAACCUUGGCUGGCCUACUGCUGCUAGCCUCUGACUACCAUUAUUGCCACAAUGGCAUUUGGGGAUGAUGUGUGUUGUAGUAGGGUCCCGAUCCUAAAGGGAGAGCGAGUCCCCCUGGAGAACGGUGGUUAGGAAUGUGUCUGUCUGUUCCUUCCAAGCGGGGCCUGACUGUAGAUUGCUGAACCAGGUUGUUGCGAAGGAACUGAAAGACCUGCAACUUGACCACCAGCACCCUCUCACUGUAAACAUGUUUAUCUCCUGUCACAAUUGAGGAAAAAUGCCUGUCUUAUUAUGUAGAAUCACAAUAGCAAAAAGGGAAUUCGCCUGUCAUGGACAUGUUUCAUUACUAUACUUGUGAAUUAAAACGUUUGUCUAUAUUCCUA